AUGGAGGAUAUUUCAGAAUCUCACAUUAUUAAGAAAUGGUGGAGAUUGAGAACUCAACCAUCACUUUGGGCCAAUUUCCUCCAAAACAAAUACUGCAAAAGAGCUCACUGUGUUACCAAAGUAGUUGGUUCUGCUGACUCUCAUACUUGGAAAAGCCUUAUGAAAAUCAAAACCAAAGUUGAACCACACAUAAUCUGGAAAAUCCAAUCUGGUAAUUCUAGUUUUUGGUGGGACAACUGGACAGGUAAUCGAGCCUUAGCUAAAAUCUUCCCUGGUAUAGAAAGAUCAGCUAAGCUCCCAAUUAAUUCUUUCUUCACCAACAACUGUUGGAAUAUGACUAAACUUCUCACCUUUUUUCCCUUGCAGGUAGCCCAGGACAUUGCACAGGUUGACAUUAGUGACCUGGAGGAACCAAACUUCCCUGUUUGGCAACCAACUGAGGAUGGAUCAUUUUCCAACAAAAGUGCUUGGCAUCUUAUAAGAACCAGGGGCCCCAAAAACAGUUUUUAUAAAAACCUUUGGCAUAACAGAAUACCUUUUAAAGUCUCAUUUCUGAAUUGGAGAAUUUUUAAGAAAAAAGUCCCUUUUGAUGAUACCAUUAGCAGAUUUGGCACUAAUAGAAGAUCUAUGUGUAUAUGUUGCAGGAUAUCAACAUAUGAGACCAUCCAACAUUUUUUUGCUGAAAGUGAAGCUGGUCAACAACUCUGGAAUUUCUUUGGCAAUCCUUUAGGGAUUCAGCAUACUAUCCAACCUAUUGUGGGAAAUUUCAAAAGAUGGUGGAAUACUAACAAUACUAACAAUGUGCAUAAACUUAUUUUGCAGAUAACACCUACUAUCAUUUGUUGGGAACUAUGGAAGCAGAGGUGCUCCUGUAAAUAUGGCAAACAAAGGCAAAUUCAGAUGGGCAAAAUGCAAUAUCAAGGGGUCUGGACUGUUAAAGCUGCUUUGAGCAAACUAUAUGCCCCCAUCAAAGAUAUCAAUCACUAG